GUAUGCCAUGGGCACAUGCCAACUAUGCUGCAUAGCUACCUGCAAUGUGCUUUUCCUGUUCUCUACAGAGAGUCUGAUGAGAACAAUGCCUGGGCCCUCCUGAAGAAGCGGCGUGCAGCUAAACAAGAUUCCUUAGCAUGCUUGGACGUUGAUGCAGCUGGAUACGACAGCGGCUGCACAGCGGUGGUGGGUGUUUUAAAAGGGAACAAGCUAGUGGUGGCCAAUGCGGGUGACUCUCGGUGCGUCGUCUGCCGCUCGGGUAAGGCAGUGGACAUGUCCGUGGACCACAAGCCCGAGGAUGUUACAGAACUUCGUCGUAUCAAGAACGCGGGAGGAGAGGUUACGAGAGACGGUCGUGUCAACGGUGGUCUGAACCUGUCUCGUGCUAUAGGGGACCACGCGUACAAGUGUAACAGAGAACUUGGACCUGAGGAGCAAAUGAUUACUGCUCUUCCUGACAUCCGAACACUGGAUAUCGAUCCUGAGACGGACAAGUUUAUGGUGCUGGCUUGUGAUGGCAUUUGGAACAGCAUGAGUAGCGAUGAAGUGGUGGAUUUCGUAGCAGAAAAAUUAAAAGAAGGGGUAAUGCCACUCUCCAAGAUCUGCGAGAUGAUCUUCGACGCGUGCUUGGCGCCCGACACCACGGAAGAUGGCACGGGCUGCGACAACAUGACCUGCAUUGUGGUCCAGUUCCACGCGUCUCCUUCGGCGGAGGACCAGAAGAAGCGGUCAGCUCCCACAAACGGUGAGGAAGAGGAAGACAACCCCAAGAAGAAGUCCCGCACGGGGUCCGUCGCGGAAGAACCUGUUCCGAAUGAUGGGGGAAGCACCUGAAGGGGGCGUACGCCAUGGUGUCUGUAUGUGCGCAUGGUUGGACUAAUGUCUCACGUUAUGGUUUUGUUUUUUUUUGUUUCUGUGGAGCGUUCAUGCACAUUCAUUGUGAUGGAGAUGCGUUGUAGUGUUAUUGUGGGCCAAGCGAUUUCCUGUUCGCCUUCUUGAUGCGAGACAGCUGUGAGAUACACGUUGUGUGAGAGCUUUCUCUUCUUAAAGUAUACGUGUUGCCGGCAUUUGCACUGGAGAGCAAGGGUAUCAGAAUCAUGAGAGAAUGUCAUUCCUCUAGCUGUACAAGCUGAGAAGUAAUAACUUCUGGUUGUACAUGUGGCUCUACUUACAGUUUACAACUAUAUUUAUGAAGCCGUCUCACAUUGUCCACUUAGAGGGUGCAUUUGUUCGUUGGACCAGAGAGUCUGUGGGAAAAAUUACGCAUUGCGGCUCUCACGCCAUCAUGCCCAUGGUCGUGGCUCCCUUUCUAAAAUUCACGAGUCAACUUCCAACGACUCUCCUCGCGAUGUUGGUCACUGAAGUUGAAGACAUACGACAGCUCUCUUUUGUCACGACUCCCAACUUGCAGGAGUACAAUACGUCGAAUGCAGUAAGUCAGCUCAUCUGACCUCACGGAGUGUCACUUUUUAGCUUGAUUUGUGGACGUACUGAGGAAGAGGUACCAUUUCGUAACGAGUAAUUUGCAGCAACAGGCUAGCCCUGUGGAAAGCUGAAGCUAUUUCUCGAAGCUGUUUUUAUGAAAUGUGACGGACGUAGAAAUGUCUCAAGGUUGUGUCUGCUCUAUAAUAUCGGUAUAUGUUACCUUAGCCGAGGGCAUUUUGUGCCAUCAUGCAAAAGUUGAUCGCUGUGUGCAGUGACUGACAAGGGAGAGGUCUAGAAAUCCUUCGCGAAAUGCUUAUGCGUGUAAUGUUUGAUGUGGCACGCACAUGUGGUAUGGUCUUGCACGUGGCACAUUUUACGUCAGGUCAAUACUGCAGAAUCCUUUGGCUAAACAGUCUUGAGAAAUUUUGGAGGAUAAUGACAUGUAAUGCAGUAAACAUGCCCACCUGUUCAUUCGAAGGAGGGUAUCUCGUGUAAGGUGUUUCUCAUUGGCUGGCAAGAUGGAGGCAAAUGGAGUUGGAGUGAUCGCCAUACCAAUAUCUCAUAGCAGAUGCAUUUGUACCUGAAAUUGUCCCCAGUGUCAUGUUCUGUGUUCUGUUAGCAGAUCUGCUGUGAUUGAUUAAGGCAAAUGAAUAUGAAGUUUUUUUUAGCAGAACUUCGUAGUAGUAUUGGUAUUGCACUUAUGCAGCAGCACCUGUGAGCCUUCCAGGCAAUGGGAAAUUAUUCAAUGAUUGUCCAUAUCCCUGUUGAAUGUUGAAUGGAAUAGCUGUUAGUCGCAGUACCUUGGAAAUCAAUAUUGUGGUAACAUUACAGUUAUUCUGUAUGGAAAUUACUGGACAUCUGCAGGUGUGCUCCAUAAAAAUAUGCAGUUUCAGUUAUUAUUGUAUUUUCUUGUACGACCUUUACUUGGGUUGUGCCAUGCAAAGACUUGAAUGCAGUUGUGUAGAAAUAUUGUUCAACACCUCACAGCUUAACAUGUGUUCCUUACAGCUUUCUCGUGAUCGAAGAGGCAAAGUGUGGACAUGCGCUCUUGUUUCUGCAGAUCUUGUGUCGUGCAUUGACAACAAAGCACAUAUUGACAGCAGUUCCACUUUCCAGUUCAUGCUCUCAUUGUUGCCCAGAUUCUUUAGCAUUUAGGAAGUACUCAUCUGUACAUAUGUUUGUACACGAAAUUUCUCAUAAUGGCAUGAAAAGUGUUACUGAUGUGAUAUGACUGGAUGUUGGGCUGUAAAAUAGGAAAGUGCCCUUUGUAAUAAAUACAGCAAGUUGAAAUGCC